AAUUUGAGUAAUAAACUGAACGGUACAUCAACAUGUUCUGAUAGAGGUUGGUAAGAGUUUUGGCGCCAUCUACAGUUGACAUCGUUGAAGUCUUUACUAUAGUGCAGCAGUAAGCAGAAAAUAAGGUUAGUUCAAAUUUGUAAGGAAUUAGCCGAAGAAAAGCAAUAAGCAAAUAUACACAUAUUUCACAAAAAACGCCAAUUAUGGAUGGCUCUGGAAAUAAUCGUUAUGAACUUUUGUUCAUGGACGAUGAUAUUAGUGAUCCAUUAGAUAAUGUUGCAAGCAAAUCUAAAAAGCAGGUUAAGACUGCUGGUGGCAGUGGGGGUAGUGCACCCUCUGCAAAGUCAUCGAAUAAACAAAAUGUCGACGGCGCUCCAAGGGCACAAGCAAAUAAAAAACCCAAUCAAGCAGAAAAAGAAAAUAAACCUUCAGCUUUGAACAAAAAUGAAUCGAAUAAGAAGUCACCGACAGGUACCGGUGUAGAUAGAAAUAGCAAACAAGGUGGAUCAGCUCCUAAUGCCAAUCGCAAGCGUACUGGUGGACCAACUAAUGAUGGAGUUCAAGGUGGGCAACAGCAACAAGGCACGAGAAACUUAAAUUUCAAGCAACAAAACGGAGAAACUCGUGAACAGCGUAACAAUCGUCGUAACGUUCGGGAUAAUGGAUUCUCUGGUAAUUUUGGCACACAAAUUGAAGGUGGAUCCCAGCAGCAGCCACGCCAAUUUCGGGACCGCGAUAACCGUGGACCCCCUCGCAAUCGCAACUUUGAAGGUGGUAAUCGAGGCGGAAAACGGGAAUUCGACCGCCAAUCAGGAUCAGAUAAAACUGGUGUGAAAGCUGUUGAUAAACGUGAUGGCGCUGGAGCACAUAAUUGGGGAUCGGUUAAAGAAGCCAUUGAUGACGUCAAUAAGAGUGAUGUAGAAGCUGGAAAUGUUACUGAUAAGGCUGAAGAAUCUGGUAAUGAACAAGCCGAACAGUCACCGAUCGAAGAAGAAACCAAAGAAUUAACGCUGGAUGAAUGGAAAGCGCAGAAACAACAACGAGUUAAGCCAACAUUUAACAUCCGUAAAGCUGGCGAAGGUGAAGACACGACCCAAUGGAAGAAAAUGGUAGUUUUAAACAAUAACAAGAAAAAGGAAAAUGAAAGUGAAGAGGAACUUGAAUACGAUCCUGCCAUGUAUCCACAAAGAGUUGGGCGUCAACAACGUGUGCUUGACAUACAAUUUAAUUUUAAUGACGGUCGCCGCGGUGCUGGCUUCGGUGGACGCGGGCGUGGACGCGGACCUCGCCCAGGCGGCGGUGCUCCGGUACCCAACGCUAAUACUAACAACAAUUAUAAUGGUACUGAACGGCCACCAGUUUCUGGUGGUGGACGCGGCGGUGUUAACCCAGGCCGAGGUGGCAAGCGUAACUUCGGUGGAUUCAGACAGCAAAAUGUCGCACCAAAAGUUAAUGACGAACGUCAAUUCCCAACAUUGGCUUAAAAGUACUGCAUAUGUGAUGCAGACAAUAUAUCAAAACAAAAAAAAAAACCGAACUAUUUGAAGAAAUGAAAUUAAAGAAGCAAAUAAAAGAGAAAUCAAGAAUUAAAAUAAGUUUGAAGCUACAUACAAUUUAAUAAUCACAUAGUAAGAAAAACUACGGAAACUGCGGACACAUAAAAAAUCCAGUUUAAAUAUCACAAGCUACUUGUAUUACUUCUGUUCUUAGGACUAUUAUUUUAUUGAAUCGGUGCAUUGAAACAAAAAAAUUUCCUGUAAUACUAAGGAAGAGUAAACCGCCCAAUAGCAGCAUCAGAAUUUACGAACAAGAAUAAAAGGAAGCAAUUGAUUUCAGGUCAUAACUUUUAAGCUUCUAAAGCCACACUAGCAUAGCCAAUGCAACAGCCCUUGUCGUAUAUAUAUAAAAAGUUUAGUAGUUUCAACUGCUAAGUAAUGUGUAUAUUUUUGUUGUUUGAUUAAAUUAAAAAAUUUGUUUUUUUUUUUUAAAAUGAAAACGAAAGUGUAAGUCUAAAUCACUUUCCAACAUUUUCAAAACUAUUUCCGAGUUUUGCAAAAUUAUAGCAGUUUUUAUAUAUAAAAAAAUAUAUAAUUAACCGAUACAAUCCACGAACUUCAUUAAGUAGUUCGUAUAAAGAAAUUAUAGAAAAUACUUUAUUUGAUGUCUUCACAUGUUUAAAACUCAUUAAGUGAAGCAAAUACAACUAUCAUCAUCAUCACCCUCACGCAAAACAAAUACCAUUAUAUUGUAACUUUCUUAAUUGUAUUAACAAUAAUAAAUAAAGUUCACACUAUUAUUAAUAAAAGAACAAAGAAACUUAAUAAACUAAAAGGGUAUAGGUUUAUCAUGUGCAUCGAUAUUUGAGCAUCUUUUUGCGAACAAAAAAAAUGUAGAAUGACUACAAAAAUAUGCCACACUCUCUAUGCAUAUAUGUAUGUAGGUGGUUGAGUAGUACAUGAUAUACAGUUUUAAAUUCAAAUAAAGGUUUUUAAUGGUAUUUACACUGUAAUUAGAAAGAACACCUUCUUAGAAUUACGAAAUGUACGUAAAUGCAAAUAUACAUUUAUGAUGUAUGAGAAAAUUUUUGAAAUGUAUUUUGAUCCAAAGAAGUUCAAGAAAUCGUUUAAAUAAAAACUUAUUUGAUAAAAUUAA